AUGAUGGCAAAAAAUUCCCUGGAAGGGUCUAAAGAAGACCUGAGCAAAAUUUCGGAAGAGGAAAUGCUGAGGUGGAGCAAGGAAGACCGGCGGCUGCAGCUCCACCUGCACGAGAUCCGCGGGCUGAAGGAGGUGAACCAGAAGUUGCAGGACGACAACCAGGAGCUGAGGGAGCUCUGCUGCUUCUUGGACGACGACCGGCAGAAAGGCAAGAAGCUGUCGAGGGAAUGGCAGCGCUUUGGGAGGCACACGGCCAGCGUGAUGUGGAAGGAGGUGGGCAUGUACCAGCAGAAGCUGAAGGACCUGGAGACGAGGCAGGAGACCCUCCUGCGGGAGAACGUGGAGCUGAAGGAGAUGGUCCUCAUGCUGGACGAAGAGCGGAGCGGGGCCGGCUCA